AUGGCGCCCAAGAAGAAGAAGUCCGGCCCUUUGGCCCAGCCAUCUACCUCGAAGGCUCCGCCACCCGCGGCAUCAGAUGCUGCAGAGGAUGCGGAGGCGAGCGAGGACGUGAGCGCUGCUGGGGGCGUGGCAGGAGCAGGUGGCGCCACCACCACUCCCCCUGCGGCCGACACGGGGGCUGAAGGCGUCAGAGGAGAACAACUUCAGCAAUGUUUCGACGGUCAAGCUCCACAAGGUGCGGACAGGAGGGUGACUCCGCUUGCACCCCCUCCUCCCAUCGCCGGGCGCAGCCACAGCGACGGCACUCGGUCCGGGGUGGGCCACCGCCCUCCGGCCGUCCCUGCCACAUGGGCGGUCACGGCACGUGUGUCUCCUCCCGGGCGAGCCGACCCAACUACUGCACCCGACGGAGCCGCGGACCCUCGAGUGCCAUCGCCGCGUGACUCCGCUGCCCAGGUGGCCGCCCCACCGCAGCACGGGCGCGUCACCGCCUCCGCCGCCAUGGGCACCGUCAGGAGCCAGGCGACGGUGCGGUCGUGGUCAUCAACUCGCAUGCCAAGCACAACCACGAGGCUAUGGCUCAGGCCCAGCUGCUACUAA